UGUAUGUCCAGAUUCAGUUUUUCCACUCUCUCAUUCUAUAUAUUAGCCCCAUUCUCCGUGUCUCUCUUCCACCCUCAAUUCGUGGUAAUCCACCUAUAGAUAUAACUUCUCACUGCAGCCUAUUGUUAUUCUGAACAAAGUGUAAAGAGAGAAGAGAAAGUGUAGAGAGAGAAAAAGUGCACACAGAGAGAGAGAGAGAGAGAGAAAGAGAGAGAGAGAAUGGAAGGAAUUAGUUCAAUGAAGAGUUCUAGGAAAAAGGAAAAAGAUCUAUUUCACGUAAUUCACAAAGUUCCUUCUGGCGAUGGUCCUUAUGUUCGAGCUAAACAUGCUCAGCUAGUUCAGAAGGAUCCAGAAGCAGCAAUAGUACUGUUUUGGAAGGCUAUAAAUGCGGGAGAUAGAGUGGAUAGUGCCCUAAAGGACAUGGCAGUUGUAAUGAAGCAAUUGGAUAGAACUGAAGAGGCCAUUGAAGCCAUCAAGUCUUUUAGGGUUCUUUGUUCCAAACAAGCCCAGGAAUCACUUGAUAAUGUCCUCAUCGACUUAUACAAGAAAUGCGGCAAAGUAGAUGAACAAAUAGCAUUGCUAAAGCAGAAGCUUAGGUUGAUCUACCAAGGAGAGGUCUUCAAUGGAAAACCCACAAAAACUGCACGCUCUCAUGGCAAGAAGUUUCAAGUUUCCGUCAAACAAGAAACUUCACGAAUAUUGGGGAAUUUGGGCUGGGCCUAUAUGCAAAAAACGAACUACAUGGCCGCGGAGGUGGUGUACCGGAAAGCCCAAAUGAUCGACCCAGAUGCCAACAAGGCUUGUAACUUGGGCCUGUGUCUGAUAAAGCAAGCCCGGUAUGACGAGGGCCGAUCAGUUCUUGAAGAUGUAUUGCAAGGUAGACUUCCAGGUUCUGAUGAUUUGAAAUCCAGAAUUCGGGCAGAGGAAUUGUUACUAGAAGUUGAAUCCCGGCAGCCUCCGAAUGAAGUGUCAAAUUUUAUCGGGCUUAAUCUUGAAGAUGAUUUUGUUGAUGGGCUUGAAAAGCUGAUGAGUGUAUGGGCCCCAUUGAGAUCCAAAAGGCUUCCAAUUUUUGAAGAGCUCUCUCCAUUUAGAGAUCAGUUGGCCUGUUAGAGUUUUGAAUUUUUUUCUUUGUAAAAAUAAAUAAUAUAGUAUGUAAAAUGCUUGUAGUAUAAAAAUAUAUUAGGUUGGUUUUUUUUUUUCUU